GAAAGUCCUGACAUAGGCGACACACGCAUCUAACGAAAACCCGUCCCCAAACCUCGCCCCGCCGCCGCCGCUCUGCUUGCGAUCUGUAGCCGGUCGCCGAGACCUCGUCGCGCGCUCGGCCAUGGCGUCACAACAGCCCGCCCUCGCGGUCCUCGUGCGCGGGCCCGACGGCUUCACGGUGUGGUCCGGCCCGCCCUACCCUUCGGGCUCCAGCCCGCCGCAGAGGCUCCCCAAGACGCCGUGCAGCGCCACGUCCUUCUCGAGCGACGGCUCUCGCCUCCUCGCGACGGUAGCCUCGGCCUCGGCCACCGUCUACGACUGCAGCUCGCUCUCCGUCAUCAGGACCUUCGAGCUCCCCGGCCUCACCGCCGCUGCGCUCUCGCCCACAGGCUCGUUCCUGCAGACCUUCCAGAAGUCGUCCUCGCCACAGGUGAAAAAUGUCACGGUCUGGCACGUCGACACCGCCACCGCGCUCUACCAGCACUAUCAGAAGAACAUGUCCAAGGCGACUUGGCCAAUGGUCCAGUUUUCUGUGGACGAGUCAGUCGCUUGCCGGAUGAUGACUAAUGAGAUGCAGUUCUUUGACCCAAAGGAUUUUACGAAAGGGAUUGUGUACAGGGUAAGAAUGCCUGGCAUUGCUGCAAUGCAACUAGCAAGUGCUCCGGGAUCUCAUGUUGCUGGAUUUAUCCCAGAGGCAAAGGGUAUUCCGGCCAGUGUUCAGAUCUUUUCUUGUGACAAGGAUGCACAAAACCAAGUUAUUGCACGCAGGAGCUUUUUUCGCUGUUCCACUGUUCAAUUCCACUGGAACAAAGGUUCCACUGGGCUUCUUGUUGUUUCUCAAGCUGAUGUCGAUAAAACCAACCAGAGCUACUAUGGUGAAACCAAGUUGCACUACUUGACAACUGAUAGGGCUUUUGAAGGAACCGUUCCUCUCAAAAAGGAAGGACCGGUGCAUGAUGUGCAGUGGUCUUCAUCAGGUUCAGAAUUUGCUGUGGUCUAUGGAUUUAUGCCGGCCAGAGCAACAAUAUUCAACAAAAAGUGCAACCCUCUUCUUGAGCUUGGUGAUGGUCCUUAUAAUACAAUAAGAUGGAACCCGAAAGGGCGAUUUAUCGUUAUAGCUGGAUUUGGUAAUUUGCCUGGUGAUAUGGCAUUUUGGGAUUAUUCAGAGAAGAAAUUGGUAGGGAAAACAAAGGCUGAAUGGUCUGUCACAAGUGAAUGGUCCCCUGAUGGGCGUCAUUUCAUGACUGCUACAACAGCUCCAAGGCUCCAAAUAGAUAACGGGAUAAAAAUAUUUGACCACAAUGGAUCCCUGCAGUUUAAGAAGAUGUUUGAAAAGCUAUAUCAGGUUGACUGGAAGCCAGAAGCACCUGAAAGAUUUGGUGACAUUGCUGAUCUCACAACAUCUUUGAAUAACAUAACAAUUGAUGAAACAAAGAAAAGUGGUUCUGCCCAAGGUUCUAAAUCUGCACCAGCAUCAAGCAAGGCUCCAGUAAAUACGGCAGCAAAACCUACAGGAGCAUACCGUCCACCUCAAUCAAAGAACACAUUAGCAGUUCAAGAACAGCUUUUUGGUGGACUUGCACCUACUGGAGGGGAGAUGAGCAAAACGGCAUUGAGAAAUAAGAAGCGCAGAGAGAAACAGAAGGAGAAAAAGGCUGGGGAAGGCUCCUCUGCUAAUGACAGCUGAUACACACAGCCUUUUCAUUUUUGCUACCUGAGGAAAAUUAGUCGUGACAAAAUGUCCCUUCAGUUUCGAAGCAUGCUAAUGUGCAAUCAUGGUUUCUUGUUACACUGUAAUAUCUGGAACUGGAGUCAAUUUGUCAAGUGAAGUCACAGAAAUUUAAUACGGAGUAUUUUGUCGCUCACUGCACAAACAGUUUGUAUAAGCGUGUCACAGAAAAUAGUGGGGCUGUUUGAUUAGUCCGGGGACGUAACAAUUCCAUGUUUUGAGCAGAAAAUUUAUGAUCGUUCCAUUUGCAUGGUGGCACUAA